AUGGCCAACAUAUCAUUCGACUACUUUGACCAUCCUCAGAACAAACAGCAUCUUGGCUUCUACGACCCUGCAGACUUCAGUGGUGAUUCAGCUCAUUCUCCCGAUUCACCACUAUCUCCCGUCUUUGCCAACCCAUACCAGCUUCCCGUCUCCAACGACUGGAUAAAUUGGGACGACAAAGCUGCGCUAUCAUCUGAUCUUGACUCUCUUCCCAAGCAGGAGCCCUUUGACAGCAUCAUUAUCACUACCAUCCCCUCAAGAAACAGUAUGGAGCUCAGCCCCGCCAUUAACCCACACGACCUCUCGGGUACUAUUCCUGAUGCCGUCCCCUUUGGCCGAGUCGGUCUCAACGACAUCGACACUCAACCUCUGUUCCAAACUCCCAUUCCUACCAUCUCUUCUCAGCCUCCUCAUCUCCAGUCCAGCAUGAUGCCACCUCCAAUGUCUUCUUCCAUGGACAGCAUUAACUCCAAAGAUGCCAACGGCCGAUAUCCUUCGCGCAAGCGCAAGUCCUCGGGCUCUGGAAGCUCGUCUUCUCGCUCUUCAACCUCUCCUCCCCCCGCGACCCGUCGCCACUGCUCUCCUCCCAAGAAGACCGCACACAACAUGAUCGAGAAGCGCUACCGCACCAACCUCAACGACAAGAUAUCCGCUCUCCGCGACUCCGUCCCAGCCCUUCGCGUCAUGGUCCAGCGCCUAGAGCAACCCUGCGUUGAAGGCAUGGAGGAAGAUGGCGACGAGGACCUCGGUGGUCUCACACCAGCCCACAAGCUCAACAAGGCCACCAUCCUCAGCAAAGCAACUGAGUACAUCGCCCACCUUGAGAAGAGGAACAGAAGUCUCGCCCAAGAGAACACCCAGCUCCGAAAUCGCAUGGAGGGUUUUGAGAUGAUGAUCAUGUCUCGAGAUCAGGGACCACCAGCAGGUGUCUGGGCAUAG